GGGCGGCCGCGUUCCAUCCGGGUCCCAGUCCGUGCGGUGCCGCAGGUCGGUAGGCGGGAAAUGGCGACUGGCUGAAGGAGCUGGUUCUGUUGCUGCUGCGGGCGAAGCGGGAAAGACACCACACGCUGCGCAGCCGGGGCCGGCGCCGGAGCCCGGGGACACUUCUCUGUCGUCACAGUUAGUUUUACAUGUGGCACCCAUAAAAGAUGAGACUGAGAACACGGAAAGCUUCUCAGCAAUCAAAUCAAAUCCAAACACAACGCACUGCCAGAGCAAAGAGGAAAUACUCAGAAGUUGAUGAUAGCCUGCCUUCAGGAGGAGAAAAAACACCGAAGAAUGAAACCGGCUUGUUGUCUUCAAUUAAGAAAUUCAUUAAAGGAAGCACACCCAAAGAAGAGAGAGAAAAUCCUUCAAAACGGAGUAGAAUUGAACGUGAUAUAGAUAAUAAUUUGAUCACAUCAACACCAAGAGCAGGAGAAAAGCCUAACAAACAGAUAUCUCGAGUAAGACGGAAAAGUCAAGUAAAUGGAGCUGGUAGUUAUGAAAUGACAAAUCAACAUGUAAAACAAAAUGGAAAAUUAGAAGAUAACCCUUCCUCUGGCAGUCCUCCAAGGACUACAUUGUUGGGGACCAUAUUUUCUCCUGUCUUCAACUUUUUUUCACCAGCAAAUAAAAAUGGAACAUCGGGAUCCGAUUCCCCAGGACAGGCUGUGGAAGCUGAGGAGAUAGUAAAGCAGCUUGAUAUGGAACAGGUGGAUGAGAUCACUACCAGUACUACUACAUCAGCUAAUGGAGCCGCUUACUCAAAUCAAGCAGUUCAAGUGAGGCCAUCAAUAAAUAAUGGUUUAGAAGAAGCAGAGGAAACAGUUAAUCGUGAUAUACCACCCCUUACAGCACCAGUAACACCAGAUAGUGGAUAUUCAUCAGCCCACGCAGAGGCCACCUAUGAAGAAGACUGGGAAGUAUUUGACCCCUAUUAUUUCAUCAAACAUGUUCCACCACUGACAGAAGAACAACUGAAUAGGAAACCUGCUCUUCCAUUGAAGACAAGAAGCACACCAGAAUUCUCCCUGGUUUUAGACUUGGACGAAACACUAGUACACUGUAGCUUAAACGAGCUGGAGGACGCGGCACUUACGUUUCCAGUCCUCUUCCAGGACGUCAUUUACCAGGUUUACGUGAGAUUAAGACCAUUCUUCAGGGAGUUCCUGGAACGAAUGUCUCAGAUGUAUGAGAUCAUUCUUUUUACUGCUUCUAAGAAGGUGUAUGCAGACAAGUUACUGAACAUACUAGACCCUAAAAAGCAACUGGUCAGGCACCGGCUUUUCCGUGAACAUUGUGUUUGUGUACAAGGAAACUAUAUAAAGGACUUAAAUAUCCUUGGAAGAGAUCUUUCAAAAACUAUAAUAAUUGACAACUCACCGCAAGCCUUUGCAUAUCAGCUAUCUAAUGGAAUCCCUAUAGAAAGCUGGUUUAUGGAUAAAAAUGACAAUGAACUGCUAAAAUUGAUUCCAUUUCUGGAGAAGCUAGUAGAACUGAAUGAAGACGUUCGACCGCACAUCAGAGACCGGUUUCGCUUGCAUGACUUGCUGCCCCCUGAUUAAGUACAAAGACUUGUCAGAUCACUGAAGGGGGAGAGGAUGCAGGACCCUUUUGGACUAAGACAAAAACAUUGCCAUUACUGUUGAAAUUUUGCAUUUUUGUACCCCGUCUUGCUUUUCUUAUCUUGGUGCCCAAUAAUAAUCAAGGGUUACAGAAAGAGACUUUAUCUCAGAUUGAAUACACACAGUAGGUAGGCGAAAACAGAAGAGUCUUUAGAACUAGUGCAACUCCAGUGAAAUUUUUUUAUGUACAGGACAUCUGCAGUUUAUAAAGAAUUCUGUUUCUGCCACCAGCAGUUUGACCUGUAGUCACACAGGAUUUUAUGAUAAUAACAGAGAUGAAAAUGGACUUUUAUUUUCUCUCUGUUUGGUGCUCUAAGUGGGUUUGUAGCCACUUUUCUGUUACUUUAAAAUUCUCAUUUCAACAGGAAUGGCCAGUAAAAGUUGUUUUAUUUUUCCUGUUAAGGUUUAUAACCUUUUUACAUUUUUGACCUGUAUUAUUAAUAGAUUAGAAUUUCAUUAUGCAUUCCUUUUAGUUGAGGCGCUUCAUAGUUUUCUGGAAAUAGUAAACUUUUAGUUUUUUAUUAUACAUUUGAAUGGCCGUUUUCCUGCUUUGUCUGCCUGCAUAUUGUAUAUUUGUUUAAAAAUAUCCUCUACUUUUAGUCCAUGUAAGUUUCAUUUAGAGAGAACAUGCAUUUAUAUUUUGUUUCUGUAAUAUUCUACUGUAGGUGAAAUCUUUUCAAAAAUCAAGAGACUGGGUAGAUAAGAAUAUAUGAAUGACUUAAUAUUCAAAAGAUGUAGACCAUUGUGAUGGCAUGUGUUCCAAGUGGUACUAUCUCGAAGUGGCACACAGACUUGAUGGAUAAAGGUAUACCUCAUACCUCACUGUGCUCACCAGUCUUUGAGGAGGGUGGAUUGGGUCACCUGUUGGGCUUGACUUGGUUACUGAUGCCUUUGGUUUUCUCCAGGAAUGAAGUAUUCAGCACAGUGAUUCAGUAUUUUUAGUUACUUUGCAUGGGCUGGUAGUACCUCUGUUAUGCUCUCGGUUACAAUCAAUUUAAACUCUGUGUAACAGUCUUGGUACCUUGCAGUAGCUAUGCAUAACCCUGUGGCACAGUAGACGCCCAGGCCACCAGUGCAGUCAAUGUGCUCUCAUAGUGGUUUUCUAUGCUAUAUGAAAAUAGUCUUCAAGCCUUGGUUCUCUGAUGCAGCUACCACAAGAGGUUGAUAUUUUUAUAGUGGCGUGUAAUCUCUUUUUCGGGAGGCUUUUUAUGGAGGUAGAAUUUGUAAAAGUUAGUAGGCAUUGCCUCUCAACUGCAUUAACAUGCCACAGGCUCAGACUGUUUUUGUGUAAAGGAUGUCAAAGAACGGCACUUUUUCUAAAGAGAAGUUUGAUAUUUUGUAUGCUUGUUAAGAAAGUACAGUAUUGGAAAUUAAAGGUGGACAACUGAUAAUUGAGGAGUAUGUCACUUAAUUUUUUAUGUAUAUUACCUGUUUACUUGUACAACUUAUUGUACAAAUUACAUGCAGCUUCAUUUUCAAAUGAAUCCUUAAAAUAAGGAAAUCUUUUUAGGAAAACAUUUAAUUUUUGUAUUUUUGAUUUUAAAGGCAUGAGUUAUGUCAAUUUUCAGUGUAUUAAUGAAGAUUUUAACUUUUCAUCAGGUUGAGUGUUUUCUUACUAUAUUAUCUGUUGUGUAUGUAGUUAGCAUAUUGUGUCACUGAACUGUUUAAAAAUCUAGCAUGUAGAGCAAGCCUGUUUUGUGGAAAAUCCUUAUUCAUUAAAAAAAAUAAUCAUGGCAGAUUUUCUGCAAAAAAAAAAAAACAUUUGCAAUUCAGAAUAUUGGGGGUUUUUUUGUUUGUUUUUAAUUUAAAGAAAGGUAUUUUGCUUGCAGGAAAAAAUAAUACAGAUUCAUUUUAAUGAGAAUCUUUGAAAUGUAUUUAUCUUUAGGGCAUCUGGGCAUCUUUAUGCUGUUUGUCUUCUGUCUUUCUUGAAAUAAAAUGUACAUACGUUACCUUUACAUAUGCUCUUGCUCAAAAUUGUGAACCUGGUUACAUUUCUCCUUGCUCCUCCCUUUUUAUGUUCAAACAGCAAAACCUAUAUAAGAUCUAAACUUUCAACUUACAUUAUAAUUGCUGAAAGCUUUACCGAUUAAGUACAUACAGACUCUAUGGGCUUUCCCACAACCAGAAGGGAAAUGCAAGCACCUGUAUAAACCGUUGUGCCGAUAGGCACUUUAAAAACUACUUUAGCCACCUUUUAUUGGUAAAGCUGCUUUUGAUCCCCUGCUGGAGAGUUCCUUUAAGUCAACUGACAAAUGAAUCAAGCCUAACAAGAUUCUGUAAAGAAAUAAGCUAAGGGAAAAUUUUCUGUGGCCUGAGAAAAUUUCUUGAUAUCAAUUUAAUAUAUUUUUUCUUUACUUGAUUUGAGUCAUUUUAAAUUUGUUAUUAAUACAAAAUUUAGAAUAAGUUAGAGACUGUUAUCCAGCUUCCUUCCUCCUUAAUAUGUUUUAUUAGUCCUUCUUUCCUUUAUCUGUUGGUAGAUGUUAUCUUAAACAUUUCCGUUUAGUUAAAUGGAGGUGUUUAUGAAUUAAUGUGCCCAGCCCCUUCAGUUCACACAGGAAACAUGAACUCUUAGAAACUGAUCAUAGUAAAUGCAGGAGAGAUGGAUACCUGAUAUGACACAGAAAAAGUGACCUAUAUACACGUUACAACUCUGAAGUACAUAUUAUAAUUGUGAUAUUUCCGGUGGUAAAUGUCUGACUUUUAAAGACAUUCUUUUAAAUAUUUGUAUUAUUGUUAGGAUGUUUUAAUCAGUUGUGUUUUUUAACGCCAUGUAAUAUAUGUAGCCCUGAUCAGAUUUAUAGCAGCAUAUUUCUCCUUGGGUCUUAAAGUUGACAACAAUUUAAAAGCAUACAUUGUUUUAUAUUAGCUAGUAUGUAUAUUUAUUUACCCAAUGGCUUUAUCUUAUUUCCCAGAAUUUGGAGGGGGAUUUGUUGAAAGCAUUGUAACUUCUAUAAAUGGCUAUUUUCUUGUAACUGUCAGUGAAAAUGGAUGUGUAUAUUGUUUUUUUAUAUUUCUCUCGUUUUCCUGGUUUGUUUGUUUUUGGGCGGGAUGGUUAAAUGUAGAAUCAUUUUUUUUUUUUUCAAGUUAUCUUUGGCCAAUGACUUUUUCAAUUAGAUAUUUCUUUCAUUUAACCAUCUAAAGAAGUUUGUUUUUCAUUGUUUUGUUCAGUCAACUUCCCUGAAAAACAGAGACUUCAUCUCAUCAAUGAAGAAAGCAUUUCAUUAUUCCUACAAAUCUUUACAGCAAGCACAGACUUCUUCAUAAGGACCAGAUCUUUUCCACACCUUCUGUCAAUCACAUAAAGCUGAAAUGUAAAGGACACUGACGCCUUCAUUUAACUGUAUUCACAUGAUGGUGUUACAUGCUACAUCGUUAGCUAGUUAAGGUUUUCUGACCUGAGUUCUCUUUGUCUUCCUAGGUAUUUAUUUGUUAUCUCUUUUAAUCUUGUGUAUCUAAAUUAACUUAGUGUUAAUAGUCACCCACUGAAUAACUAUGCCAAGCAACUAGGAAAGAAUGUUUAUUUUAUUUCCCCUUAUAGGGGAAGAGUGGACUGGGAACAAAAAUGUAUGGGCCAAAAGGCCUUAGGUUGUCAUUCAUCCACUUUCUUAUUCCUCUCAUGAAGCUAUUUUUGAGUAUAGUAUUUUUUUCAGUGCUUAUGUGCUUGAUUAUGUCAUUACUUUUCAUGUCUUCCCCUGAGUUAAAAGCCUACUAGGAACCUGUAUAAAAUAGAAUUUAAAAUUUCAGAAUAAGAACCACAGAACUCAGUAUCUUAAUAUCAAAAUGCUACGUAAAUUAUUAUUGGAAUCCAAGUCUCAACUCACUAGGAUACAUUUUUAUAAAAUGUUUCUCUGUAUCUUGAAUUAAAAUUACUUGCCCAGAGGCAGAAUUCCAGGGUUAUAAUGCAUUUUGAGAAAUUUUUAAAAACGGGAGUUGAGAGCAAGAGGUUUAUACUUACUUUAUGGUUUUGAUAUUAGUAUUUCAAAAUACAUCAGUGGUUCCCAAACCUGAUUGUUCAUUUGUGUUACUCUGUGGAGCUUUCGAAAUACAGAUUCCUGAGGCCUUAACCUCUGCAAAAUUGUCUGAGUCUAGAGUGGGGCUUGAGAAUUCUGUGUUUUUAAAAAGCUCUCCAAAUGAUUCUAAUAGAUUUGGGCAAUCACUGCCUAAUGUGACAGUGGUUUGAGAGUAGGCAACAAAAUAAAGUUUACCAGUUUACCAGAUUUCACAGAACUUAUUCAGGAUACAUGGAGGAAUAAAGAAGAUUGAGGCUACUGCUCAUUAUCAUUGUCUUUCAUACUUUUUAAGAGUUUGCGUUUCUAGCACUUGAAAUAGUUGAUCAUAUACACAGCUGAAGGACAUAUCCCUGAAUGAGACCAUUAUAUAUAUUAACUGUAAAAUAUUUCACUAUUUUUUUAUUUUAUAAAUCUUUGUAGAAAUAAGCAAUGAAAUACUACUUUCAUCUUUUGAAAUGGGAUUUUUCAAGGCAGUGUCCUUUUGGCAUUAAGGUAGUGGGGAGUUAAUAUUCUCUCUGCCUUUUUCCACAUGAAUCAAUAUAAAUCAUGGACGUUUAAAAUACUCGAUUUAAUUUCUACAUAUUUACUAUGCAGUAUAGCCGUGAACAAGUAAUGUAGAUUUAGUUUUCUCAUCUUCAAAUGCCCUGAUCACCCUACCUCACAGGGUUGUUGUGGGGAUAAAUAAAACUUUUAUGGAAGCAC